CUUAUAUUACUGCCUACACAACUACUCCCCGUGAUGCCAAACAGCCAUACAUCACUCAAUAUAGUCGUAAUACUAAUUUCAAAGGAGAUUCAAAUGCACCAUACAUUACUCAAUAUGGUGAUGAUGUUGGUGCCAAAAGAAAUUCAAAUGCACCAUAUAUCACUCAAUAUGGUAGCGAUGUUGAUCCCAAAAAAGAUUCAAAUACAGUGUACAUCACUCAAUAUGGUGAUGAACCUAGUGGUUCCAACAAAGAAAUAAAAACAAAGUCUGCCACAGCCCAGGAUUCAGCUAAGCCUUAUCUGACAAGCUAUGGCCCUCAUUUCAUGGAAGCACAAUUGUUGAAGGGAGGGUCACCAUCUUCUAAUGUAGACCACAGUGAGGCAUUCAAGGUUGGAUUCUUUGCCAUGGAUGAUCUCUACAUAGGGAACAUUAUGACCCUCCAAUUUCCUGUCGAAGACUUUUCUCACUUCCUACCAAAGAGACAAGUUGACUCCAUUCCUUUCUCAAUCCCACAACUUCCAAGUGUCCUUCAACUCUUCUCAAUCUCUGAAGAUUCUGCACAAGCCAAGUCCAUGAGAGGCACAAUUGAACAAUGUGAAGCAGGAACCAUCACGGGGGAGACUAAGAUCUGUGCUAACUCUUUAGAGUCCAUGCUGGAAUUCGUCCACAACAUCAUUGGAUCAGAGGAAAAGCACAACAUUCACACAACUAGUCCAUCUUCAGGGGCUCCUCUGCAAGAAUACACCAUUUUGAAAAUAUCAGAAGAUAUCUAUGCUCCUAAAUGGGUAGCUUGUCAUCCUCUGCCAUACCCUUAUGCUGUUUACUAUUGCCACUUCAUAUCAACAGGGACCAGGGUGUUCAAGGUCUUGUUAGAUGGUGAGAAUGGAGACAAGGUUGAAGCUCUUGGCGUAUGCCACUUGGACACAUCUGAUUGGAGCCCAAAUCACAUUCUGUUUAAGCAGCUUGGGUUCAUGCCUGGGGAGGCUCCAGUGUACCACUUCUUCCCUGUGAAGCAUCUUAUGUGGGUUCCCCAACCCUCAACAGCCACCGUGUGAAAAGAACAGAGUUCUGUUGUUGCUUAGUGAGCGAGUAUCUGUGCAAUAAAGGGUCAAUGAUCAUCUUUGUUUCUAUCCUUGUGUUUUAUGUGUGAAUUUUAACUUUUAAGAUUAUGCAGCAGAUAGCUGCAAUCCUAAUAUGGAAAAAGGUUAAUAUUGUUCUUAA